AUGGCUUUGCGCAGUGGUUUGGAAACAGAAGCGAUAUGGGCGAUAAAUGCUUUGAACGUGCUCUUGUACGACGAUACCAAUCCGCAUCCGUGCCUGACUCAGAUGCCUGGUCUUCUGAAUGUUAUUAUCGAGCACUUCUGGGCAACGCUGUCGGUUCUCUAUCCUGACAACUUCCCUCUGGGUGAACCAUCUCGCUUUGAGAUUCCGGAAGGAAAUCCUGAUGCCUUGCGUCUACCAUAUCUGACAAACGGAAGUGCUCAUGAGGAGGUGAAACAACCUGUUGCGGCUAGGAAUCCUGAGAUCAAAAAGAAUUAUAAUAAGUGUUCAAGAACGGGUCGAAAGGUGAAGAUUCUUGACGCUGAGAUGCCGGAGUUACUGAAACGAAAACUCAUGUUAGAAGAAGGUCCAAGCACACUGCCUACUGAUGAUACUCUGUCUGUUCAUUAUGUGGAAGAAAAAAUCAAAAUGGGCCUUGGAGGUGGACUGGCCGAAAGAGUUGCACUACGUCUCAGAAAUGAGUGGAAUGCUGCAAAAAUCCAAAGCCGAGCUAGAUUCAGCAUUUAUGAAAAGAAUAAUAUGAAAGAGGAGGAGGGCAACCCAGAAGCAGUAACCAAUGGGUCGGUGAAGGUAAAAGAAGAACCUAAGGACGCCGACGAGGAGCAAGAGGAGAAGGUAAAAGAAGAACCAAAGGACAUCGAUGAGGAGCAAGAGGAGAAGGUUUGUGAAGAUUGUGUUAGGUGGCAGUGGUAAGU